UACAUACCUAAUCAUCUCUCGAACGAAGCGCUGUAAACGACGAAAUUACAUGGGAUAUACAAUCACUCAGAACCCCUCUUCCCGGAGAUCUUUCGAAUCCGGUCUGGAUAAUGCGUCUUCUGAAAUGUGAUGGAGAUGGCGAGGUCAGCCUGACCAAUCAUCCUGCUAACAAUGUUCCCUCCUAUGCUAUACUUUCGCAUAGAUGGGGAGAAGAUAGUGAGGAAGUCACUUUCGGAGACAUCAAUGAUCGUACUAGCAAGAGCAAGGCUGGCUACCACAAGAUUCGCUUUUGUGCGCAGCAGGCUGCUUGCGAUAACCUGCCCUACUUCUGGGUGGACACCUGCUGUAUCGAUAAAACAAGUAGCUCCGAGCUGCAGGAGGCGAUCAACUCAAUGUUUAGCUGGUACAGGAAGGCGGAUAAAUGUUACGUCUAUUUACGGGAUGUGCCGCCGGCAGGAGAGCGGUACGAGAAUCAUUGGGAACACUAUUUCCGGAGAAGCGAAUGGUUCAAACGCGGCUGGACCCUUCAAGAACUUCUUGCCCCGGACCCGGAGUCAUUAGAAUUUUUCUCCCGAGACGGCGAGCGGCUAGGUAAUAAGAGAGAAUUAGAGCAACAAAUCCACGACAUAACGGGAAUUCCUCUCACAGCACUUCGAGGAACCCCCCUCUCUCAAUUUAACGUCGAGCAACGAUUUUCAUGGGCAAAAAGCCGUCGGACCACGCGUGGAGAAGACAAGGCAUACUCUCUAUUUGGCAUUUUCGAUGUCCUGAUACCUUUGCUGCCUUGCGAAGGAGAAGAGAAGGCGCUCAAGCGACUCAAGAAGGAGGUCGACAAGCCUUUGAAGAAGGCACGGCAAUACCAGAAAAGGGUUAUGAAUUGGCUCUCAAACACUCCAUAUGAAACGCAUCAUCGUUAUAAUAGCAAGAACAGAUCUCAGGGAUCUGGGGAGUGGCUCCUGCAAACAACGGAGUUCAAGGACUGGAAGACUUGUCCUAGAUCAAAUAUUUUGUGGCUACGGGGCUCACGUAUGUCCUCGCUCGAAUUGUUUCCAUUUUCUUAUCUAUCCUUUUCUUAGUUACGACCAUCGUCUGGUAUAUAAUAUCGCCAUCCUGUUUCUAACUGCGGCUUAUUGUAGCCGGAUCAGGGAAGACAUUCGUGACAUCGAGAGUUAUAGACUCUUUUCUCCCAGAGGAAAAGACAGCCCAGAGCUCGGCU